CUUUCUGCGCGGGCCGCUCGCUGCGCGCCCUCUCCGACCCUCCAGGCGCGCAACACGCUUGUUUCUCCGGGGCGGGCAGGACCAGCCACCCCGCGGCCGCCGCUGGCAAGACCCACCAGCGCAGCGCGGCGCGUAAUCUUCGCCGAGGUGGAGGGCAGGGCCAGGAGGAGAUCCCCCCCCUCCAGCUCUCCACCCCUCCCGAGCGCAGCGGCGGCAACACCUCGCCGAGGAAGAGCAGGCGCGACUCCAUUGCCGCCCGCCGGAGAUCCGGCGCCCAGUGAAGCGUUAAAUCUUCUGGGAGCUCCGCUGUAUCUGUCAAGCUUCAGAAGUCUCAGCCCCAAAUGCUCAGAAGGAAAAGGCUGCCUUCAGGACUCGGGAGCCCAGCAUAACACUUGGAGCCCUUACAACCUGGUCUCCAAGUCCGAGGGAAGAUGGCGCCAAGCCUGCAGCAGGCGUACCGGCGGCGCUGGUGGAUGGCCUGCACCGCAGUGGUGGAAAACCUCUUCUUCUCUGCCGUUCUGCUGGGCUGGGGCUCCUUGCUCAUCAUGCUCAAGCACGAAGGGUUCUACUCCCAUAUAUGCAUAGGUGUGAAUGACACCAAUGCCACUAACGGCUCAGCUGCGACUACCUCGUCUCACCCUUGGCCCAAGUGCGUGGAGCAGGAGGAGAUGCUCAACCUGGGCUUCACCAUUGGCUCCUUUUUACUGAGUGCGGCCACUUUGCCUCUGGGGAUCCUCAUGGACCGGCUUGGUCCCAGGCCACUGCGCCUGGUUGGCAGUGCCAGCUUUGCUCUUUCCUGUUGUCUCAUGGCCCUGGCAGCCUACAAACCACUGGUUCUUUCACCGCUGAUUUUCCUUGGCCUUUCCCUGAAUGGCUUUGGUGGGAUCUGCCUGACCUUCACUUCCUUAACUCUGCCCAACAUGUUUGGACACCUGCGGUCCACUUUCAUGGCCCUCAUGAUUGGCUCGUAUGCUUCCUCUGCUGUUACAUUUCCCGGGGUCAAGCUGAUCUACGACAGUGGAGUUUCCUUCAUCACCAUUAUGCUCGUCUGGUCAGGCCUGGCUUGCCUCAUCUUCCUCAACUGUGUGAUCAACUGGCCCCAUGAAUCCUUCCCAGCUCCCGAAGAAGUCAGCUACAUGAAGAAGAUCAAACUGAGCAGCUUAGCCCUCGACCACAAGGUGACGGGCGACCGGUUCUAUGUGCACGUGACGGCCGUGGGGCAGCGGCUGAGCCAGAGAACGCCCUAUAUCGAUGGGCUCUACCCACCUGUGGAGGACCUUUACCGAAAGUCUGGGAAGUCUUCUGAUCGUGCCACCCCCUUCCGCCGCAGCGUCUGCUCCCCCAUCUUUCUGUGGAGUCUCUUCACCAUGGGCAUGACCCAGCUGCGUGUCAUCUUCUACAUGGCAGCCAUGAACAAGAUGCUGGAGUUCCAAGUGACAGGCCGCCAGGACCCUGUUCCAGAAGAGUUGGCGGAUGAAGCUGAGAAAACAGUUGGCUUCUACUCCUCCAUCUUUGGUGUCAUGCAGUUACUGUGCCUUCUCACCUGUCCCUUCAUUGGCUAUGUGAUGGACUGGCGCAUGAAGGACUGUGUGGAUGCACCAGGGAACACCAACAGCUCUGGAUCGGCAAGGACCGAGACAAAAGGAAAGCCAGCCAAAGUUCGCUACUGUAAAAUCCAGAAGCUCACCAAUGCUAUUCGUGCCUUUGUCAUCACCAAUCUACUGCUGGUGGGAUUUGGUACCACUUGCCUGAUCGACAGCCUCCCUCUCCAGUUUGUGACCUUCAUCUUUCACACCAUGGUGCGUGGCUUUUUCCAUUCUGCCUGCGGAGGUCUCUAUGCCGCUGUGUAUCCGUCCAAUCACUUUGGUACAUUGACCGGUCUACAGUCCUUGAUCAGUGCUGUAUUUGCUCUCCUCCAGCAGCCACUCUUCAUGGCUAUGGUGGGACCACUACACGGUGAUCCCUUUUGGGUGAACCUUCCCCUCCUCAUCUUCUCUUUUGUGGGCUUCCUGCUUCCCAGCUACCUCUACUUCUACCGCCACAGGCUCCUCCAGGAACAGGCAGCCAAAGAAGGGAUUCCAGAUCAGGCGAACGGUGCCCAGACGAAACUCCAGGACAAUGCAGCCACCAAUGGCUUGUUGAGCAAUGAUGCCACCACUGUAUAAGCCAGGGACAGGGGAGGUGGGGAGCUUGUGGGUGACAGAGAACAGAAUGUGGAAUCCGAGUGCUGAGCAGAUGGAGUGAGACGCUAUUAGAGAGGGGAGGGGGAAAUACUGUGACAAUUUUAUAUUUGGGAACUAUGAAAAUAACCGAGGUGCUUUUAAAUCUCAACAAAUGCAUAUCUAUAUUUAUGUCUAUAUUUUAUAUAUAUCUAUAUACAGAAAGAGAACUCUAUUUUUUUUGCAGAGUAUUUUAAACGGCCCUAAAACUUUUUAAUAGAUGUUAGGGCAGUGAGCAUUAGAGGACUAGAAUAGUUUAUAGAAAGGUCUCUCUCUUGCUGACAGGUGCCAGAUCAUGGUGUCUAUGUCUGGUUCACAUCACUUAGCCAGCACUUUCCAAUCAUAGUCUCAACGUUCUGAGGCUGUGCUGCCAAAUUACCCUUUUCGUUCCCUCCUCUCUUGCCAUGGUGGUUAUUGCAGAUUCAAUCAAGGGAUGAAUGAAGCCAGCCUUCCCCAGCCUGGCACCUUCCAGAUAUUUUGGUUUUCAACCCUAAUUGACCUCAUUUGUAGAUCUGGAGGGCAUUAAAUUGAGGAAGGCUGAAUUAACGCACACAGGUGUCUGUCCAAGUGUAAUGCUUCCCCCCCCCCUCUCAACUGACUCUCAUGAGUCAAAAGAUGUUUCCUCAGCUUCCUUGUAUUCUGCCAGCUGCUGUUGGGGAUUCAAUAUUGGGGCAUCAUUUUACAGAUGACACUGCAAGUCCUCCCUCCAAUCUCCUAAUCCCACACCAAGCUUUAUGAAAACAAGUUUAUCUUGUCCCAAGACUAAACUCCGCUGACCUCUUGAAUGCUAUGUGUCUCUCUACGGGUUUGGGCCUUCUCUUGACAGCAGUUAUGACAAGAUGUGCAAAUUACAGAACUGGCUCUGGAUUACGCUGAGGAGGAUGUUAAUGUAACAGGAUUUGUAAUAGAGGAGAACAAGAAUGUAAUUUUUAAUGACUUUUAGCUGAAUUAUAUCCUAGCGAGAGCGACUAUAGCAGUGCUUUAUUGAGGCUGGAUUUCAGGUAUUAUACCAGCUAUAUUGCCAGACUCCCAGCAAAAAGACUUAUUUAUUUAUAUUUAAAUUUCUAGUGUUGCCUUUCUGCCAAAAAUUGUCCUCAACAUGGCUUACAGCAAGACAAUCAAUCAACAAUAAAACGAAACCAGUUUUGGUUCGAUUUUAUUACUA